AUGCAUCCGCUCAAUUCAACAACGACAACAGCGUCAAACUCGGGCGUUCCGGGAGUACAGCUACCGUCAACAGACUCCAACGAUAUUGGCAAGUAUGGGUUGCGAGGACUAUCUUCGCUUGUGAGAAUGGAGCAGUCGGAUUUCACCAACUAUGCCCUUGGUCAAGAUAUAGGCAAGUGCGGACUUGAUUUGAGCCCCGACGUUGAGAUCUUAAAGACCUGGGCCUCGCCAUGGUCUGAGACCACUCGGCUGGAUGUUGAGCCAUAUUUCACCAUUCCCAUCGAGAUGCAAAACAAGACGCUAGCUGCCAAGGACAAGAGUCCCGACCCGAUAAAUACCAAGAUCCAGAACUUGACGGAUGAAACUUUGUUUUAUAUAUUCUACAUGAAGCCUAGGGAUACGUUGCAAGAGCAUGCGGCUAGAGAGUUGGUGGCGCGAAAUUGGAGGUAUCACAAGGACAUACAAGUGUGGUUGACCAAGGAUAGCAACGUGGAGCCGGUUUUAAUUGGGCAGGAUGUGGAAAAGGGGGUUUACAUUUUCUUUGAUCCUCAUAACUGGGAAAAGAUUAGGAAGGAGUUUGUAUUGUAUUACUCUUCUGUACAGGCUUAG